AUGCUAGCUUCCCCAUUCCAGCUCCUGGAAGUCAACAUCAUAUCAGCGCAGGACCUCGCACCCGUUUCCAAAUCCAUCAAAGCCUACGCAGUUGCAUGGCUUGAUCCGGACCGCAAGCUCACAACCCAAAUAGACCCCGAUGGCCACAACAAUCCUACGUGGAACGAGAAAUUCGUCUUCCGCAUCGACGACGACUUCCUCUACGCUGACGACUCCGUCGUCAUGAUCGAGAUCUACGCCUCCGCAUGGCUCCGCGACGUUCUCAUCGGCACCGUCGGUGUCCUCCUCUCCAGCCUCUUGCCACGCUCCAACAACCGCAAAUCAAAGGUUCGCUUUAUCGCUUUGCAGGUCCGUCGCCCCUCGGGUCGCCCCCAAGGGAUUCUCAAUAUCGGAGUCAACCUCGUUGAUCCCACCAGGAGGAGCAUGCCGAUGUAUUCGGAGCUCAGUGCCUCCAGCGUCGGGGACUGGGACAUGGAUCCCAAGAAGCAGAAACCGCAGCCGAAUCAAACGCCGCAGGACGAAUUUAACGAUUCCAAUUACAAGCUCUUGACGCUGCAGCGCUCGGCAAGCGAGAAGAACGACUCCACCAUAAACGACUACGCGUAUAGGAGUUAUCCGAAGGGUUACGACGGUGAUGGAGAUGGCGAUGGUUCUGAGCUUGGGGGGCCGACAACGAAGAAAGGGAUGAUUAUGAACUUGAACGGGUCGCUGUGUUCGGACGUGGGACCCUCUCCGUCGGUGGUGGCAGCGGCGAUAGCGAAGGGGUUAUACCCGAUGCCGCUGAUGGCGCCGCGGAAGCCGGGGAACUUGGUGUUAGACGGGUGGCCGGGGAAGGAGGAGGAACCGGAGGGACUGAGCAAUAGGAUUGACCGGUGGCGGUCGAUGGAGCACGGUAAGGUGGUGUAUGAUCACCUGGGGCAGAAUGAGAAGAAGGUGACGUAUAACAUUCCGAAGGGAAAAGGGAAGAACCAAAGACCGGGUGGUGGGAACGGAGGGUUGUUUUCGUGUUUUGGAACGGCGAUGGGGUGUGAGUUUUCGAUAACUUGUGGAGGGGGUCACAGGAAGAAGAGGUACGGUGGUGGCAGCAAGGCUCAUCUCACUGCAGCGUCUGAACUUACCUACGAUGAAUCCUAUAUUUGA